AGCCUGCCCGAGCUCCGGACCCUCUGUUUUGUUAGACAGGCCGGUCAGGCCGGCGCUUGGCUGGUCUCCGAUGGCCAUGGAACACGGCUUCUGGGACCUCCACCGCCGCCUCGGGGAGACCUAUGCCGCGCACGUGGAGUUUCUGAAGGAGAGCUCCCUGGGCGCUCGCUCCUGCAACUUCGCCCGCGCAGUGUCGUCAGGCAGCGCAUUGGCCAAGCCGCGAGGAUCGAGUCCUUCGAGCCCUGAUUCUUCAGCACAGCAGCGCAUUGACAAAACGCGGGUGGAAGGCUGGGAACACACCGGCAGCGCCUCACACCUCAGCAUGGGCUGCCGUCCACCGGCGUCACCCAUCGAGCGGGCUUCGGGGCGCCGCCCCUCCUUUGAGCGCGCGGUGUCGGGGCGCCGUCCCUCCCUUGAACACGGAGUACCCCCGACGCUGGAAAAGGGAGGAGUGGGUCGUCAGUCCUCCGACCCACCUCCAUCACCUCCGCCGGUGGCGCAGUUGCAGGUUCUCAUGGAGGUAAAUGAGAAUAAGCAGAAGGAUGGAAUUGAAGAUGAGAAAGCCCGGUGCUGGAGCCUGGAGUGCAGAUGCGGGAUUUUUGGAGACAGCAGGCCCAGGAAGAGCAGAUGGGCUCAAAGCUCUCUCUGGGCACGGGCCGUGCGGGCAGCAUCGCCACCUUGGGUUCCCGAGAUCAGAAAGGUUUGCUGCAACAAGCCCGUGCCUGCCCGAUAUUUGUCAAGCUGCAGGAUCCGAGGAGCAGAGCCAUAUCUAGUUUGACGAAAUCGACAAUACAUUGCGGAGGCCUCUUCAGACAAGUCUGGGGCAUCUCAAGCCUGCUGCUUCUGACCUAUGACAUUGUGGUGACUCCGUUGCAGGUCUUUGACCUCGAGGAGACCAUGGGAUUGAGAGCUAUGUACUGGAUCGCCCUCUGUUUCUGGAACCUGGACAUGCUCCUCAGCUUCAUUGUUGGCUACUAUGAUGCUGGGAAUUUGAUUAUUGACCUGCGCAUGACCUGCAAGAUGUACAUGAUUGGCUGGUUCCCUUUCGACCUUAUGCUGAUCAGCAUCGACUGGACAAUCGCUGCACUUACAUUGGCCGAUGGGAGCGAUAACAACAUGGGAGUGCUGAGAUUGUCCCGGGUGGUCAGAGGCCUUCGCUUCCUGCGCCUGGUGCGCGUGGGAACGGUGAGGAGUGGCUCCAUCAUCGAGCAGCUGGAGGAGCACAUCACCUCCCCGGGCACGAUGAUUCGGUAUAACCUGGCAAAGCUCAUCAUCCGGCUCGUCCUCACCAACCACGUCAUCGCCUGCCUGUGGUAUGGACUGGCCAGCGUUGAGAGCGAUGGGGAAGCUCCACGGAAUUGGGUCACAGAAUAUGGCAUGCAGGGGCAUACGGUACCUGAUCUCUACGCGGUCUCUUUGCAUUGGGCUCUUGUCCAGCUUGGUGUUGGGCAGACGAACAUCGAGGCAGUCACCUUAGCCGAGCGCAUUUUUUCCAUCAUCGUCGAAUUCUCUGCGCUGAUGAUGUUCUCGACUCUGCUCAGCGCUGUGGCAAGCCUUAUGGCAGGGCUGCAGAAGCUGAAAGAUGGGGAGAUCGAGCAAUUCAGGUCGCUGAAACGCUUUCUGGACCAGAACCACAUCGAUGAUGACCUGUCCCAGCGCAUCACCUGCUUCUUGCAGUAUGCCUUCAAGGCGAGGAACAAGGCGGAGUCCACAGAGGGCCCAGUUCCCAUGUGGGAUAUGCUCUCGGUUCCCCUGCAGAGUGAGUUGGAGUUCCAACGACACCAGGACAGCAUGAAAAAAUGCGACUUCUUUCAGAAGCUUAUGGAGAAGGACAGUUACCACAUCGUCCGCGUUCUCCAUGAGGUGGCGGGAUGCAUGUCGCACUCAGUGCUCGCCAUUGGCGACGUGGUCUUUGCUGCAGGGACCAUCGCGAACGCCACCUAUUUCCUCUCCGGGGGAGCGUACACCUACACGAUGGAGGACCCUUCCGACCGCAAGCUGUACCGACUCUGGGUGGCGGAGGUGUGUCUCUGGAGCCCCUGGCUUCACUUGGGGGAUCUGGUUUCGCAGGACAUCUCACGUCUAAUUGCGCUGGAGGUGAACUUGUUCUGCGAGUGCAUCGGAAAAACGGUUGAAACCAGAAGGAUGGCCGCAGCAUAUGCCAGGGACUACUUGUCUGAUGUGAGUCAGACCUGGUCUGAUUUGGGCAAUCAGCAGUGCGCAGAUCUUCCUUCAGAGAGGGCUCAAUCUUGGCAGUGUUGCCCAAGAUGGAAUUCCGACGUCGGCUCAUCCAUGCGUCAUGUGCUUCCCAUCGGCUGAAUCCUUGUCGGGCGCUUGCGAUGUGCUCGUGCCGGUGGGGUGCGCUUGAAUCUUGCCGGAUUCUAGGCCUGCCGGCCAGGUUUCCAGACAACCCAGCAAGCCGGCGGUCUUGAACAAGGACCGAGGCGCUUGGCUCAUCUUUCGGAAUCUAGGACGCAAGUUCAGUUAUCUGGCAUGUGAGAUUGUCACUCCCUGUCCGUUUGUGGUGUCAGGAAGAAAC